AAAUAUAACUACUUCUACUUAAAAUUAUUAAUUAAAUAAUUAAAUAAAGAUAACGUCUCACCCUGACUACGCCACUUCCGCUGCGGAAGCCGCUGCUGCAUGUAAACAAAGCGGAGCUAGCUCCGUUAGCAACGUUAGCUCCGUGAUCAGCAGCAGUGAGAUGGAGACCGACUGAGCGGAUAAACCGGAUCAAAGUGAACACGGUUCGGUUUAUUUGGACGGAUCCGGAGCCCAGAGUCUGUGUGAUGGACUGAACCGGAACCAGCAUCAUGUCUAUGGAGGACCCGUUCUUCGUCGUCAAAGGGGAGGUUCAGAAGGCAGUGAACGCAGCACAGAGCCUCCAUCACAGAUGGAGCGAGCUGCUGCAGGAGGAGGGUGGAGCCUCCAAGGAGGAAAUGGACUGGACGACCAAUGAGCUGAGGAACAGUCUGCGUUCCAUCGAGUGGGACCUGGAGGACCUCGACGAGACCAUCAGCAUUGUGGAGUCCAACCCAAAGAAGUUCAACCUGGAUGCUGCUGAGCUGUUGAAAAGGAAGGCCUUCAUUACCAGCACCAGACAGACUGUGAAGGAAAUGAAAGAGCAGAUGUCUAGUCCGACGGCUGCCUCAGUGGACAGAAAGAACAAACAGGCUCUGCUCGGUGAGCGUGGUGCUCAGGGUCCAAUCUGGCAGCCCGGUCCUGAUAAAUACACCCGACUGGACCAUUCACUGCAGACCGCCAACUCUCAGUUUAUAGAGGAGCAGCAGGUCCAGCAGCAGCUGAUGGCGGAGCAGCAGGAUGAACAGCUGGAGCUCGUGUCUGGAACAAUCGGAGUCUUGAAGAACAUGUCAGAGAGGAUCGGCAUGGAGCUGGAUGAACAAGCUGUGAUGUUGGAUGACUUCACUCAUGAGGUGGACACCACUCAUUCUAGAUUGGACAACGUCAUGAAGAAACUGGCCAAAGUGUCUCACAUGACCAGUGAUCGUCGCCAGUGGUGUGCUAUCGGCGUGUUGCUCGGAAUCCUCUUUGUGGUCAUUCUUCUCUUCUUCAUACUCUGAUCAACACCUCUUCCUAUCAGCACAGAAUUCAUCUAAACUCGGUGUGUACUGAACUCCACUGAACUCUACUAGACUGAUUUCACAGACUGUUAGACCACACUGCGUGUGCAAGACACUCCUGUACUCAACUCCUGGAUUCUCCUGGACUCUAUUGUACUCAACUGACUCUCCUGGACUCCAUUGUGCUGAGUUUGACACUCAUCUAUUGUCCUGGACUAUAUUGUACUCAAUUUGACACUCCUUGACUGUCCUGGACUCUAUUGUAUUCAACUAGACUCUCCUGGACUCCAUUUUACUCUCCUGGAUUUCAUUGUACUCAAUUGGACUAUAUUGUAUUCAACUGGACUCUCCUGGAAUCCAUUAUACUCAACUAAACUCUCCCAGACUCUAUUGUACUCUCCUGGACUGUCCUGGACUCUAUUGUACUCAGUUUGACACUCCUGUAUUCUCCUACACUCUACUGCAAUCAACUGGAUUCUCCUGGACUCCAUUGUACUCAGUUUGACACUCCUCUAUUUGUCCUGGACUCUAUUGUACUCAGUUUGAAACUCGUUGACUGUUCUGGACUCUAUUGUAUUCAACUAGACUAUCUCGGACUCUAUUGUACUCUCCUGGGCUGUCCUGGACUCUAUUGUACUCUCCUGGACUGUCCUGGACUCUAUUGUACUCUCCUGGGCUGUCCUGGACUCCAUUGUACUCUCCUGGACUGUGCCUGACUGUCCUGGACUUUCCUGGCCCUGCUCUUCCUGCUGAGUUGGACUGAAAAGGCUCCGUGGCUCUUUAAAUGUUUGACUGUUAACAUCAUCACAGAGGUCAAAGGUUAAACCAGGUGGAAAAUGUUUGAUGUGUUUUAAUGUUUUAUGUUUGUUUUAUUUAAAAAGAUGAAAUUAACCAGUAUAACUUUAAAACCAGUAUAACUCUAAAACCAGUUUAACUCUAAUACUAGUUUACCUCCAGUUUAAAUCUAAAACCACUUUAACUGUACUUUAAUCCCAUUUUAACUACAGUUUAACUUUAAAACCACUUUAACUCUACUUUAAUCCCAGUUUAACUACAGUUUAACUUUAAAACCACUUUAACUCUACUUUAAUUCCAGCAUAACUCCUGUUUAACUCUAAAACCAGUUUAACUUUACUUUAAUCCUAGUUUCAGUGUAGCUCCAGUGUAAAUCUAAACUUUGAGCUCCAUGUUAACAUCAUCACUUUAACAGUCUACUGUUUAAGGUUGUUUUUUUUUUAACAUUCUUUUAAAUUGUAGUAAGAAUCUUUCUAAUAACUGUCACACUUGAAUAUAGUCCAAGAGGUUUAAUUCUGGUUUGAUCCCAGUUUAAAUCUAGUUCAAUUUCCAUAUAAUUCCGGUUUAACUCUGGUUUAAUCCCAGUUUAAAUCCAGUUUAAUCCUGGUUUAAAUCCAGUUUAAUCAUGGUUUAAUCCCAGUUUAAAUCAUUUUCAAUCCUGGUUUAAGUCUGGUUUAAUUCCAGUUUUAUUCUGACGUUGGAGUUUGUUGAAAAUAAUGUAAAAACACUAAAACUUCCUGUUUGCGUUUACAGUUUUUUGUUUGACUGAAUAAUUAUUUUUCGGAUGUUUAAUGUUUUAUUUUGUUUCCCUGAACGGUUUAUUUUACUUUAUUGUAUUUUUUGUUUUUGGAACUGAUUGAUCGACGCAUUCUGCACAUUAUUCAUCAGUGGACUCUGUUUAACCAAACACUUCCUGCUGCUCCUUCAGAAUGAAAUCAUUUCUCCAAUGAACCCUCUGGAAGGCUUUUAAUGUGAAGUUGUAGCAGGAAGUACAGUCCUGAAGGUUAAGCAAGUGAGGUCACUGCCUGUUUGGUAUAAUUUGAUUGCAAUCAUGUGACAUGUUCGAUGAAGCAUCCAAUCACAUCGUCCCACACCAUCAGAUCUACGGUACACAUGGCGGUGAAGUCUCACAUCUGUUUCCUGUUUCUGUUUGAAUAAAAUAAAACCCACAGUGUUUAUAAACACA